GGAAGAGAUAGGCAAUAGGCGAGGAGAGGAGGAGGCUGGACCGGGCAGAGGUCAAAGAGGUGACUACAGGGCGGGGUGGGUGUGCAAAGCCUAGGGAGAAAGAUUUGCUGGGGCGGGGGGAGGAUUGAUAGGGGAAAGUCCCCCACCUCCUGGUCCAAAAUAGGAUGCUGGAUCCGCAUAUAUAUUGGACUAUUCCAACCUCUUUUCCUUAAUGGCUCCUGUUGAUGCUCAGGCUGCACAGAAAAAGCAAUUUGGCUCCAGAAAUUCAUUUUGGUUCUGCAGAUAAGAUAUUAUUAUUAUUAUUAUUAUUAUUAUUAUUUUAUUUAUACCCUGCCCUCCCCGGCCAGAGCCGGGCUCAGGGCGGCUAACACCAGUAAAAUUACAGUAAAAUCAUAAUAGGGGAAAAAACCCAAUUUAAAAUACAGUGGUACCUCGGGUUAAGAACUUAAUUCGUUCCGGAGGUCUGUUCUUAACCUGAAACUGUUCUUAACCUGAAGCACCACUUUAGCUAAUGGGGCCUCGUGCUGCCACUGCACAAUUUCUGUUCUCGUCCUGAAGCAAAGUUCUUAACCUGAGGUACUAUUUCUGGGUUAGCGGAGUCUGUAACCUGAAGCAUCUGUAACCGGAAGCGUAUGUAACCUGAAGCAUAUGUAACCCGAGGUACCACUGUACAAUGCAGCCUCAUUUAAAAAGUAGAUCAAAGGGGAGGGAAACAUAAAGGUCAGACUGAGUCCAAACCAAAGACCAGGCGGAACAGCUCCGUCUUGCAGGCCCUGCAGACAGAUGUCAAGUCCCGCAGGGCCCUAGUCUCUAGUGACAGAGCGUUCCACCAAGUCGGGGCCAGUACUGAAAAGGCCCUGGCCCUAGUUGCGAGCAAUCUAACUGAUAGAAUUCUACAAGAUGGGGUGUUUGUGUGUGAAAACAGUCCAGAUCCAUUGAUUCCCAGAUGGAGACGUCAGGCGCCAACCUGGCACCAAAGUAUCUUCACUUUGCGCCAUCCUUGGUGCCAGGAUGGCACUCUCCACUUGGUCGCAAGUGGUUGAAAGCCAGGUGCAAAGUGUGCCGGGCACCUGGUUAAUUUCGAACACUGGGAAGGGGCAGUCUCUCCUCCCCUGCCUCUGGUACACUGUUUUCCAGAUCCCCCAGAGCGGAUUUGGGCAGAGCACAAGGACAAUGUGGGGAGAAGGUGAGAGAAGCCCCCUUGCGCUUGUGCUGGGUUCUACUAGCGCAACUGGACAAUAGAUUGCCUCCCAUAUUUUUUAUUUUUUAUUUUUUAAAGCAAUUUAUUGGAUUUUACAAUAGGAAUAAAUGUAAUAAACAAUAUAACAUUCGUCUUAACAUAAUUUCACAUUUUCUUUGGACUUCCUCACAUCUCCCGCUCCCACCUUCAUCAUUAUAACAUUUUGUCAGCAAUUUAUCAUCUUAUUUAAAUUCUUAUAUCUCUUCGAUAUUUCAUGAUCUUAUAGUUCUCAUAAAGAGUUAAACUUUCACAGUUUUUCUUAUUUUCUUAAAAACUUCUAAGUUAAGUGGUGCUCAGUUAUUUAGUCAAGCAUCUUAUUCAGCAUUCAAUCAAAUCACAAUGUUUUUGUAGGUAGUUCUUAAAUUUCUUCCAAUCCUCCUCGAUUCUCUCUUCUCCCAGGUCACGGAUUCUGCCAGUCAUUUCAGCCAGUUGCAUAUAGUCUAUCAGUUGCAUCUGCCAUUCUUCCAGUGUGGGUAGAUCUUGAGUUUUCCAAUGUUUUGCGAGUAGUAUCCUUGCUGCUGUUGUUGCAUACAUAAAAAUGUUUGGUCCUUCUUUGCCACCCCUUGGCUGACAAUACCCAAAAGGAAAGCCUCUGGUUUCUUAGUGAAAGUAUAUUUAAAUACCUUUUUCAAUUCAUUAUAAAUCAUUUCCCAGAACGCCUUCACUUUAGGGCAGGUCCACCAGAGGUGAAAGAACGUUCCUUCACACUCUUUACAUUUCCAGCACUUGUUAUCAGACAGGUGGUAAAUUUUUGCGAGUUUGACUGGGGUCAUAUACCAUCUAUAAAUCAUUUUCAUUACAUUUUCUUUCAAAGCAUUACAUGCAGUAAAUUUCAAUCCAUUACUCCACAGCCUUUCCCAGUCCUCAAACAUAAUAUUAUGCCCAAUAUCCUGUGCCCACCUUAUCAUAGCCGAUUUAACCAUUUCAUCUUGUGUAUUCCAUUCCAACAGCAAGUUAUACAUCCUUGAAAGUAUCUUAGUCUUUGGUUCUAACAAUUCUGUUUCUAAUUUCGAUUUCUCCACCUGGAACCCUAGUUUCUUAUCAUUUUUAAAAACUUCUUUAAUCUGAGCAUAAUGUAACCAAUCUCGCACUUUGUCUUUCAUUUUCUCCAAACUCUGCAAUUUCCAAUUGUCUCCAUCUUUUCUAGUAUUUCCCAAUAUUUUGGCCAUUUGGCCUCCAUAUUGGGUCUUUUCGGGCCUUAGCUUCCAAAGGUGAAAGCCACCUUGGUGUUUUAUUUUCCAGCAAGUCUUUAUAUUUUGUCCAGACAUUAAACAGUGAUUUUCUAACAAUAUGGUUCUUAAAGGCCUUAUUUGCUUUAACUUUGUCAUACCAUAAAUAUGCAUGCCAUCCAAAAACAUUGUUAAACCCUUCCAAAUCCAACACAUCAGUGUCUUCAAGAAGUAGCCAAUCUUUUAGCCAGCAGAGCGGUGCGGGGGCGUAAUGCAACUUUGAGUCCGGCUGGGCAAAGCCCCUCUUUGUUUUGCAUCAGUUAGUAUCUUAAACUUAAUUCUGGGCUUUUUGCCCUGCCAGACAAACUCGAAAUGUCUCUCUGCCACUUCUGAAAGCACUCCAUUUUGUCCAAAACCUGAAGUGUUUGAAAUAAAAACAACAUUCUUGGCAAUACAUUCAUCUUAAUCGCAGCAAUUCGGCCUAACAAAGAAAGUUUCAAUUUUGACCAACUGUCUAAGUCUCUCUUAAUUUCUGUCCAACAUUUUUCAUAGUUAUCCUUAAAUAGACUUAGAUUUUUGCUGUUAUGUUUACCCCUAGGUAUUUUACUUUUUAACCACAUUAAGUUCCGUCUCAUUCUGAAACCGUUCUGACUCUGUCUCAGUCAAAUUUUUUCCCAAAACCUUGGUUUUCUGUUUAUUUAAUUUAAAUCCCGCCACCCGACCAAAGUCAUUAAUCAAUUGUAAUACUCUUUUCGUACUAGGCUCUGGCUUCUGCAAGGUCAAAACCAGGUCAUCUGCAAAAGCUUUUAGUUUAUAUUGUUUCUGACCAACCUGAAUUCCUUCCACCAACUGGUCCCCUCUAAUCAUGUUCAAUAGCACUUCCAGAACCGAAAUAAAUAACAAGGGGAGAUAGGGCAGCCUUGUCGUGUCCCUUUUUCAAUUUUGAACUCUUCUGUAACCACAUUAUUAACUAUCAGUUUAGCUUUCUGUUCUGAAUAUAUCGCCUCAAUCCCAUUCUCAAAACCCCGUCCCACUCCCAUCUCUUUUAAGUUUCCCAUCAUAAAUUUCCAAGAAAUAUUAUCAAAGGCCUUCUCCGCAUCUAUAAAAAUUAAAACUGCUUUUGUAUUUAUGUCAGUUUGGAGAAGUUCCAAGAUAUCAAUAAUGUUCCUUGUGUUAGCAAACAGAUGUCUACCUGGGAGAAAACCGGCCUGGUCCUUAUGAAUUACUUCAUUUAAAACUUUUUUUGAAUCUACUUGCCAAAAUAUCUGCAAAUAUUUUGUAAUCCACAUUUAAAAGGGAGAUGGGACGGUAGUUCUUCAGUUGUGUCUUUUCAGCUUCUGACUUUGGUAUCAAUGUGAUAAACGCUUCCUUCCACGAAUCCGGUGCCCUCUUCCCCUCCAUAAUUUCAUUGCUAACCUCCAUCAAGGGUUGUAUCAAAUAGUCUUUUAGUGUCUUAUAAUACUUGGAGGUCAGCCCGUCUGGCCCUGGAGAUUUGCCAAGUUGCAUGUUCUGAAUAGCUUGUUCAAUCUCCUGUCGUGUUAUUUUAGAGUUCAGGGUUGUCCUAUUUUCUUGUGACAGUUUAGAUAAUCCAUUUUUGGCAAAAAUUGUUUAAUCUCGACUUCGUCUUGCGGCCCUUGGGUAUAUAGUUUUUGAAAUAUCUCUGAAACACUUUCUAAUGUCCACUGGAUUCUGAAUGUUUCUUCCAUCGACCUCUAAAUUUGUAACCGUAUUUAAUCUUUGUCUUCUCUUCAACUGCCAAGAUAGCAGUUUUCCACAUUUAUUUGCCGACUCAAACGUUUUUUGUUUCAUUAAUUUAAUCUUCCAUUCAAUUUCCUGAUUUAUCAAUUUAGAAUAUUGUGUUUGAUACAAUUUAAUUUCUCUCAGAGUUGGCUGUGACUUUGGAUUCACUCUUAAUUUCUUCUCUAAUUCUUUUAUUUUAUCCAAGAUCUUGUCUUUUUUCUCAUUUUGUGUUUUUUUCCUUACUACAUUCUGUUGUAUCAAGAAUCCCCUCAUGACAGCUUUGCUUGCGUCCCAGACGAUUCUUUUUUCCACCGAAUUAUUCAUGUUUAUCUCGAAAUAGUCUUUCAAAACUUUUUGGGCCUUCUUGGUAAUUUCCUGAUCUCUAUUUUUUAAAGUUAUGUCCUAGACUUGACAAAAAGGGUUCACUUACAAAGCCUUAAAUUGUUGACAAGCUGGAGGAGAAGGAAAGGCUUUGUGGAAGCAGGAAGUGGAGAUGAGAUGGAAGGGCAAUUGAGAUGGUUGGACUUUGCUGCGUUGGCGAAGAAGGAAGGACCUUCCCAAGAAUGCAGGACAGUCUAGAACUACUGUUUGAUCGCGGGCCGUCCCUGGUCAAUCUUAGGACCCUUAGCAAUCUCUAAGCAUAAAAUAAAAUAAAGUUCAACAACUCUGGCUCCCUAAAAAAAGCCCAACAACUCUGGUCAAUCACAGUCUCUGGUAUUAUCUGAAGAAGUGUGCAUGCACACAAAAGCUCACACCAAUAACUAACUUAAAGGUAAAGGGACCCCUGAUCAUUAGGUCCAGUCGUGACCAACUCUGGGGUUGCGACGCUCAUCUCGCUUUAUUGGCCGAGGGAGCUGGUAUACAGCUUCUGGGUCAUGUGGCCACCAUGUCUAAGCUGCUUCUGCCGAACCAGAGCAGCGCACAGAAACGCCGUUUACCUUCCCGCAGAAGCAGUACCUAUUUAUCUACUUACACUUUGACGUGCUUUUGAACUGCUAAGUUGGCAGGAGCAGGGACCGAGCAACGGGAGCUCACCCCGUCGCGGGGAUUUGAACCACCAACCUUCUGAUUGGCAAGUCCUAGGCUCUGUGGUUUAACCCACAGUGCCACCCGCGUCCCAUAAUACAGUGGUACCUAGGGUUAAGUACUUAAUUCUUUCCGGAGGUCCAUACUUAACCUGAAACUGUUCUUAAUCUGAAGCACCACUUUAGCUAAUGGGGCAUCCUGCUGCCGCCGUGCCGCCAGAGCAUGAUUUCUGUUCUCAUCCUGAAGCAAAGUUCUUAACCUAAAGCACUAUUUCUGGGUUAGCAGAGUCUGUAACUUGAAGCGUACGUAACCUGAAACGUAUGUAACCUGAGGUACCACUGUAACUAACUUAGUUGGUCUCUAAGGUGCUACUGGAAGGAAUUUUAAAAUUUAUUUUAUUUUAUUUUAUUUUAUUUAGUCUCUUGGGAGUUGGACAUGUCUAGCCUAGAAUAAACAGGGGAGGGGUAUGAAAGAGAUUUAGGUCGUAGAUGUUAAGGGAGGCCAACCACCCUGAAGUCACAUGCCAUCUAUUUAUUUAAAGCAGUUACCCCAAAAAUUGAGGCAGGUUUUGAUAUUUAAACUCCUGGAACCCCAAGCUGAACGAAUUCUUCCCAUGCCCUUUCUCUCCUCUGCAGGCAGUGCAGUGACCCCGCUUGAGAGCUACCCCUGCUUUCAAGUUCAUUGUGAGAACCCCAGAUGUAGCUGAGAUUACAUUUCCUUGUUCCGAAGCUGGCGCAAUGGCCUCAGAGGCAAUACCUGGGUCUUCUCUUCUCUUGGGUGGAGUAGAAACAGCUGCCAGGCAUCUGCCUCAAGAAAGAGGCGGAGAAUCAGUCUGCAUACCUCCCUCUCUGUUAGGUGAUUACUUGUUUUGCAUUUGGCCUUGUAAGAUGUCAAAAUCACCUAAGAAAUGAAACCACACAUAUGACUACCCUGCUAUUCCGCUUUCAAAUCGGGAGAAUCACACAUUUUGGAUAAAUUGUUUUCUUCUUCUUCCAGGAUCUGUUGACCGUCCAGGUUCUCUUGACCUUUGAGGAGGUGGCUGUGUUUUUCACAGUGGGCCCUGCUGGAUCCCAGCCAAAGAGCCCUGCACAGGGAAGUCAUGGAGGAAAAUUAUGAGACCGUUGCCUCUCUUGGUAAGGACAUACUGGUAUUUGUUUGACUGGUAAAUGUCAAAGGUAUGAAUUUAGUGCAGGUGACUCCCCACUUCUGUGGGGUUUAUAUUCCCUGAUACCACACAUAUAUGUGAAAUCAUGUAUAGCGUUGGGUUCAAAGAGACUGAUUUGGAAUGGAAAUGUUUUAUUGAAUAUAUGAAAACUGAUUGUAUACAUUUAUAAUUAGCAGGAUUGAAGUAAAAAUGCAGUGAGUUAAGCUAUACAGUGGUACCUCAGGUUACAGACGCUACAGGUUACAGACGCUUCAGGUUACAAACUCCGCUAACCCAGAAUUAGUACCUUGGGUUAAGAACUUUGCUUCAGGAUGAGAACAGAAAUCGUGCGGCGGCAGUGGGAGGCCCCAUUAGCUGAAGUGGUGCUUCAGGUUAAGAACAGUUUCAGGUUAAGAACGGACCUCUGGAACGAAUUAAGUUCUUAACCCGAGGUACCACUGUAUAGAAUUAUAAUAUAAUUAUAAUAUAAUUAUCUUAUUGACUUGGAGAGGAUCUGCAAAGAGGAGUGGAACAAAAUACCUCCUGAGAUGUGUACAAACCUGGUGGCCACCUACAAGAAACGUCUGACCUCUGUAAUUGCUAACAAGGGUUUUGCCACCAAGUACUAAGUCAUCUUUUGCAAAGGGAUCAAAUACUUAUUUCACUCAUUAUAAUGCACAUCAGUCUCUGACUUUUGUCUUCUGGGUUUCUGGGGGUUUUCCUGUUGUUAUUUUGUCUCUCACAGCUACAAUAAACCUACCAUUAAAAUUAUGGACUGGUCGGUUCUUCGUCAGAGAGCAAACGGGCAAAUUUAGCAAAUACUUCCCCCCCCCACUGUAAGUUCUGCAGUAUAACCCCCAGGAGAUGGUUCAAGCCAAGCUCCAUAUCCAGUGAGUGGGCUCAUAUUUACAAGUACAAGGCUGAACCUCCUUGGGAUCACACAGCUGUCUCCUUUUUCUCUGGUGGAGAAGUUACAAAAUCAGAACAACUCUACUCAUUAUCCUUGAGGUCAUAAAAAUGACUCAGUCUGAAGUGGCUGAAUAUUUUGUGGUCAAAAGUAGCCAGGCUUGUCUGUUUCCUUCAAAGAAUCAGCCCUGAAUUACUGUUCAGAAAAUCCCAAAGAAGCAGAAAGUGCAGCAGGUAAAUGCUUAGCUGUGUUGUGGAGCUCCUUUUGGUCUGGGAGUAGUAAGAGUUUGUCCAUUCCUGUGUAAAAUCAUCUGGAGCAAGGGGUGGGUGGGAUUUGACCCAUCAGGAUGCAAGUUCUCCUGGUUGACAUCUUCAAGGGUUUAUAAAAGAGAAUGGACAAAUUCAUGUAAGAUCUGAAUGCAAGUACAGUGGUACCGUAGUUCUCAAACUUAAUCCGUUCCGGAAUUCUGUUCCAAAACUAAAGCGUUCCAAAACCAAGGCGUGCUUUCCCAUAGAAAGUAAUGCAAAAUGGAUUAAUCCGUUCCAGACUUUUAAAAACAACCCCCAAAACAGCAAUUUAACUACCAACAUUAGAGGAAUGGAGGAUGAAAUUGAUGGACUACGCAGAAUUAGACAAACUAACAGGAAGAAUCCGAGACCGGCAGGACCAGAGGUUUACCGAACACUGGACUAAAUUUACUGAGUAUCUGAAAAGUAUUUGUGAUGAUCAGAUUAUGUUUGUAGGACUACAAGAGGUUCUGUGAGGAGUAAUUUAAGAAAUAUUGUAAAAAUGGAAAGGGAGAAAUGAUUUGUUAGAAAAGGUAAAGGCAAUAUUAAGUUAAGAAUUGCAAGAGAAAUAAUCAAGAUGGAAGGCUAUCAGAGAUGCUGAAGGAAGUCCAAACAAGGACAUAUGUAUAAUAAUUUGUGUGGUAUGUCUUAAAAAAUUUUGUAUGCUAAAAAGAAUAAAAAAUAUUAUAAAAAAAAUAAAACAGCAAUUUAACAUGAAUUUUGCUAUCUAACGAGACCAUUGAUCCAUAAAAUGAAAGCAAUAAACAAUGUACUGCAGUCACACACUCAAUCAAUCAAUCAAUCAAUCAGUAGCUGAACUGGGUUCCACACAGUCACAAAAACAAAACAAAAAAGAACCGCAAAAACGCAAAAUAAAUAGCAAAGACAGACAGACCUCAACGUAACACUCAAAUCGGAAGCAUAACACUCAAAUCGUCAGCGUAACACUCAAAACGGAGCACGUUCAGCUUCUGAAAAAAGUUCGCAAACCAGGACACACACUUCCGGGUUUGCAGUGUUUGGGUUCCAAGGCGUUUGAGAACCAAGGUACCACUGUAGUUCUGGUUGGCAUCUUCAGGAGUUUAUAAAAGAAAUUGGACAAAAUCAUGUAAGAUCUUAAUGGCUAUUAGUUAUGAUGACUAUGUGCUAAGCUCUGGAAUCAAGGGAGCAGAAGAAGUCGCCUCCUGCUUUUAUGUUCUGCUAGCAGGGUAGGCUACUGUGGGGAUCCUGCACUUGGUCUGAUCCAGAUGGGCUUUUGUUAAAAAGAGGAGGGAUGGCUUCCACGUUCAACAUUUCCCUUCAAUGUGGUAAGGUAUACCCUAAAUUAAAAUAGCUCACUAGGCAUCCAAAGUGCCCCUGAACUUCACUUAAUAUACAUUGAGUUCAUGAUUUUCUUCUCCCUCCCCUCUACCAGAUGAUGAGCAGAACACUGGGAAUUAUAGAGUGCCACCUGUGGUGUCGUUGGAAACAUCUGUGCGUGAAGCAGGAAGAGAAAUGUUUGGGAAGCUAAGAGGACAAAAAAGGGACGAAGGAAAACAAUCAAAGAAUGGGAAGAAGAAAUCUGCAGGUUCUCAGGGUAUUGAUGUCUGUAAAUUCCUGAUCCUACAAAAAGAUCCCAAAGGAAACAACGCAGGGGGAAAUAGCUAUAAAUCAACAUUAAAAACAUGUAGCAGAACCCACACAGGGGCAAAGGCAUUUAAAUGCAUGAAGUGUGGAAAGAGCUUCAGUAGGAGCUAUAGCCUUACUUUGCAUCGAAGAACCCACACAGGGGAGAAGCCCUUUAAAUGCAAGGAGUGCGGAAAGAGCUUCAGUCAGAGCAGUAGCCUUAAUACACAUCAGAGAACACACACAGGAGAAAAACCAUUCAAAUGCAUGGAAUGUGGAAAGAGCUUCAGUGUUAGCAAUAGGCUUUCUUUGCAUCAAAGAACACACACAGGGGAGAAGCCAUAUACAUGCACCGAGUGCGGAAAGAGCUUCAGUGAGAGCUGUAGCCUUAGUAGACACCAGAGAACACACACAGGGGAGAAACCAUUCAAAUGCAUGGAAUGUGGAAAGAGUUUCAGUGAUAGCAAUAGUCUUUCCUUACAUCAAAGAACACAUACAGGAGAGAAACCAUUUAAAUGUAAGGAGUGUGGAAAGAGCUUCAGUGAGAACAGGACUCGUAUUGUGCAUGAAAGAAUACACACGGGGGAGAAACCACUUAAAUGCAAGGAGUGUGGAAAGCGCUUUCGGUCUCACAGUAACCUUACUGUACAUCGAAGAACCCAUAUGUGAGAGAGGCCGUUCUGGAUAUAGCCUCCAUAAAAGCUCAACAACGCCCUUUUUUUUGGUGCGAUUUUGCCAAAAACUUUGGCCAAAAAGGAAAGCUCAACAAUGUUGCCCAAAAAAAUCUCAACAACUUUUCUGUUCAGAUUUUCACAGUUUGAAAUAUGGCAACCCUAGAGGGGCACAAACACCAGAGAGGUUUAAAUGUAUGCAAUGUGGAAAGAGCUUUAAUGUGAAGUGGUAACUUCACAUUUAAUUGCAGCUUAAUAGAAAAGCUCAAUUAAUGCACGGAGUUUGGGAAGAGCUUCAGUUACAGUGGACUACCUACUGAAUUUCAAAUAACUCACACAAGGCAAUUUGAGGGGUGAUGUUAGAGUGGGUUUUAGGGUGCCACUUGAAGAAGGAGAGAGAUCUUUGGGCAGGAGGCAAUGUGAUCAGGGAAAGGAGGGAUAGCGAGAACAAGUGUUACAGGCUUGUUAGAUUAACAUGUGUUUCAUGAAAACUGGUAGAAAACAUUGUUAAUGACCGAAUUCCCUAAUGUGUGGAAGAACAAGUCUUGGUGAAGCAGAACCAGUAUGGUUCUGCAACAGUAAGUCCCCUCUCAGUAACCUUAAAGAGUUCUUUGAAAGCUUCAAUAAACAAAUGCAGGAAAUAGAAUACCUGGAAGUUAGGACAGCCGGAAAUGUAGGAAGCUUUAACUAAAGGGUUUGUGGAAGCCAAUCAAGGAUUUAGCAAUGGGAAAGUAUUGUACUUACUUUUAAUCUUUUUAUGUAAUUGGGUCCUUGCCAGAUAUUUUCAUAUAGCUUCACAAUUUAUUUUCCCAUACAAAUCAAUAAAUCCCAAUGUUAUUUAUGUAUAAAGUGAUUUUUAUUUUCCUUUCAAAUUCUCUG